CCUCCUCUCCCUCCCUCGCUCUCUCUCUCUCUCUCUCUCUCUCUCUCUCUCUGAGCAACACACACUCACACUGAUACUGUCUGUGCUUUCUAUCGCCGUGCCAGCCUUCCAGAGAGCACAGACAGGCUGAAAGAAACACUCACAGAGAGGCAGCUUAUAUAACAGCAGCUCUGGGGAAAUGCUGGAGCCUCAGCCGAGCAGAGGAGACCUUCACUGGACGGUCAGAGCCGGAGAAAAGAGCGAUGAGAACGGCGUGACGCGGAUCGCACGGUGCAGAGAUGAAGCUUUUCCCUGAGGAUCAUCCUGGAUUCAGUGACCACAGCCUCGGAUAUUAAACCCCCUCUCUCCAGGGGUGACACAUCCAUUGUUCCUCUGCUACUGUUGGACUCUGUGCUGAUGAAGAACCGAGACACAAUGUCUACAGUGCCGCCAGAUGCUGCAGGUCUUUCCCAGAUUAUGAAGUUGUAAGUAGGUUACAGAUCUCCUCCUUCCUGAUCCAUGCGAUGGCUCUCCUCCUCUGAGGUGAGAGACAGGAAGCAGGAUGGCGGCGCCCCUCUGCAGACUGCACUGUCUGCUGAAGCGAGCGCACAUGCUGCUGCUCUGCCUGGGCAUCGCCUACCUGAUGGCGGGCAGCGUCCUGCUCCUGCAACGCUCCAGCGUCAGAGUCGCACAGCAGACCCUCGCCAGCCUGCCGCCGCUGCUGUCCCUGGCAGCUCCUCCGACCGCCCUCAGGACUGUCGGUCUGGGCAUGAGAGCUCGCUCCAGAUGGGCCGUUCAGCCCGUGUCCGCAGGGGGAGCCAAGGCAGGGAGACACUGGCCCUCGUCCCAGAACCUCGGGGUCCAACACUUGCAUCGCCGCUGGUUUCAUAAUCUGCUGCCAGACAGUCCAGAGCAGAGAGUCUCUCUCCGCAGGAACAGCCGACAGAAAGGAACCUACAUGGGCUGCUUCCUGCACAACGCCACCGAUCGAGCCCUGGGAGGAACGAUGCUUUAUGACCUGCGCAAAAUGACCAGCUCUCUGUGUCAGGACACCUGCUCAGAAAGUGGGUACCAGUUUGCAGGUCUGGAGUAUGGAGCUGAAUGCCACUGCGGGAACCGGAUCAGCAGCCCUCGGGCUCCCGAGGAGGAUUGUAGUCUGGUGUGUCGGGGGGAGAGGGGGUCUCCCUGUGGCGGUGUGGGCCGACUCUCGGUCUAUAAAGUGGAGGAGCAGCUGCCCGGGCACAGAAAGUUCAGAAAUGUUCACUAUCGAGGUUGCUUCAAGCUGCCGAAGAACACCCUCACCACCUUCCCUAUCUACUCGUCUCAGCCCAACCUGACCAUCCAGGCCUGCAUCGAGACCUGCACAGACAAGGAGCUCCCGCUGGCUGUGUUCAUGAAGCCCCGUUGUUUCUGUACGUGGACGUCGUCUCUGUUCAGCCUCAGCCAGCAGUCUGACAGCCAGCAGUGUGCAGGAAACACUGCUGUGAACUACACCAGCGUCUCCACACCAGCAGCCCCCACUGAGCACGACUACUACCAGGUGUACCACACACCUGUGCUGGACUCCAGGUGCAAAGAGCGGAUGUUUCUCCCUCAGCGGUCCAGCUCCCUCGUGGCUCUGUCUAGUUUUCCUGGUGCAGGGAACACCUGGGUACGGCACCUGAUCGAGCUCGUGACCGGCUACUAUACUGGCAGCUUCUACUUCGAUGGCACACUGUACAACAGAGGUUUCAAAGGAGAAAAGGAUUACUGGAAGAGCGGCCGCAGCAUCUGUGUGAAGACUCACGAGAGCGGUCAGAAGGAGAUCGAGAUGUUUGAUUCCGCCAUCCUGCUGAUACGUAACCCGUACCGCUCCCUCAUGGCCGAAUUCAACCGCAAGUGCGCCGGACAUUUAGGACACGCCACCGACUCGCAGUGGAAGAGCAAAGAGUGGCCAGAGUUUGUCUCCAGUUACGCCCCCUGGUGGGCGUCUCACGCUCUCAGCUGGUUGAAGUUCGGGCGCCGCCUGCUGGUGGUUCACUACGAGGAGCUGCAGCGGGCUCUCCUCCCUCAGCUCCGCGUCAUCACAGACUUUUUGAACAUCUCCAUGACCGAGGAGAGGCUGCUGUGUGCUCAGACCAACCAGGACGGACAUUUUAAACGCUCGGGGCCCCAGAGGCCCUCGUUUGACCCCUUCACUCCGGACAUGAGGGACAUGAUCGACCCGUUCAUCCGCUCUGUUGACCAGGCACUGCAGAGCAGGAACUUUAGCAGACUCCCACAGGAAUACUUACCCAGAUGAUGAUGAUUUGAACGGGUCGAAGACAUUUUAAUGACUGUAGAGAGAGAGGUUCUUCAUGGGGAACCUGAACACUGUCUGAUGUUGGGGGACCACCUGACUCUUUGAUAACAUACACACACACACACACACACACACACACACACGCACACACGCAUACACACACACACUCUCACACACACACACACACACGCACACGCAUACACACACGCACACGCACACACACACACACACUCUCACACACACACACACACACACACUGUGAACUGUGCAGAGUCAUGGACACACACUGGAGGUCACAGGAGAAGACAUAAGGUUUCAAAGUGAAUCUUCUGGUGAACAGUGUGAAGACCUCAGACAGGGUCCGCCUCUCUGAGAGCUGUAAACAUGUCAGAGGCUCAGAAAGGAUUUGACGUGAUUUGUCGGCCUGCAGUCGGAUUAUCCAGCAAAGUGCCGACUGCACAAAAUAUAAGUGUGUUAAUCCGCGCUGGACUCAAUCUGGAUGAAGAGGGUUUUUCUUACGCUCUUUUCUCUUUUCACUUUAGGACAGUUAAUGUGUUUUUAAACAUACAGUAUACCCAUGAUAAUAAAAAAGUGAAACUUCUUACUAACAACGAUGACAACCGCUGCAUCAGCUUUACUCGGAUUAAACUGAAUUAGUGGGAAUCUGCUGGAUGCGACAGGUUUGCAAUCGUGCUGGAUUAAAGCCUCAGAGCUGCCACACGAGGCUGAAGGAGUCUCCAUGAUUAAAGUUCAUGAACUCUAAAAAUAUGAUUUCUUCCUUCUGCUCUGAAAUGUCAAAGAACAGCUGUUUCUCUGAGUGCUUUAUUUCAUUAAAUCCAUUCAGUUGUUUACA